AUGGCACCCUCUCUACAAGUGGAGUCCCCUUUGAACCCUUUGUCCCCUGGGGCUGGGGGACAGUGGAGACGAAUCUCUGGAGGCCUUCAUGAUUUUGACAGUGUCUCCAAUGGCGCUGCCCGCUCAGUAAUUUCACGAAGAAUCUCGAGAAAAACAGCAGGCAUUGGAGAGUUAUCAAACAUCUCCAACGUGGUAUAUUCCCUCAAACGCAGAAGUGGCGACGAAUUGGGCGUGACUACAUCCUCCAAGCUGAUGAAUGCAAACCAUGCUACACUUCUAGACUGGAUCCGUCAUCAGCGUAUGAGUAAGAUUCCACCGGAGGGAAGCAGCUAUGACAAGGUCCUCGCAUGGGCCCAACUGUUUGUCGAGCGUUUGCACUCAUUUGACCUCGCUAUUGAGCACUUUGCAGGAGAUAGCUACUUGGCUGCACAGUUAGCAUACGGAUAUUGUGCAAUUCUGCUAGAGCUCGGCGAAGAAAACUCCUCGGCCCUUAGGAUCUCUUUCGGUUUUUUUUACAGCAUCUCAAUGGUUCUGGUCAACCUCCUCGAGCGUACCGAACUUUUUACCGUGUCUCAAGAAACCAAGGAGCAACUCGUCUUGGCACUGACCGACCUGGUCACACUGGUGGCUAGCGUAUCGACUUACUUUCACAAAGCUCUACGAGGGCUGACGAAGCCUUCCAUCUCCGUGAAUAUCUACGGCACUUUCUCGGCGCAGAUCGAGAGUUUCCGUGGCCGAUGCGAGAAGAUUUCUGAGGCAAUGUGGAAACAUCAACUCUUGAAAGAUGACUUGGAUGGAGAACGUGUUUCUGAGGUCAAAUCCAUAAGGCAAUGGCUGGCUCCAGAAGACCGUGUGCUUGCAAACGUAGCCGAAAAUACCUCCCACCUUGCACAUGACCGCGAGGAAUUGACAUGCCUUUGGUUGAGUCCGUAUCUGACCCGAUUUCUCAAGAGUCAACAACUCAGUGGCCUCUCAAUCUCAGGUGCACCGGGUUCUGGAAAAACAGUUUUGGCUUCGGUCAUUGUUGAUCAUCUACAGCACCCUAUUGGUGGUGUAACAUAUAACACACUCUUCAUUCCGAUAAAUGCUCGUGUCCCGGUGGAGACCGAACCUCAGGCAAUAGUGAAGUCAAUCCUUCGCCAAUUGUUUGAGAAACGAAUUGGCAACACGCAGUUAUUCCAAAUUCUUUCCGAUGCAUAUGAACAUAGUAGGAAGGCCCUUAGUAUGGAGAGCCAUGAAAAGAUCCUUUGGGAUGCUUUAGACGCUGCUCUUGAGGCCCCUCUCCAUGGGUCCAGGCCUGUCGUCCUUGUCGUCGACGGCCUCGAUGAAGCUUCUGGGUCCGAAACGAUGCUUCUUCAAAGGUUCCAAGCCAUCAUACGCAAAACAGCGAAUCUGAAACUGAUAGUCUUGGGAUCUCAGAAGUUCGAGGCGUCAAGCGAACUCACCAACAUACAAAUAACGUCGGACUUGAUUUUCGACGAUAUUGCGGCCGUAGUUCGCAACGGCUACGAAACACACCCAGCAUAUACCAAGCUAUCAGAGACAGACCAAGAGAUCCUAAUUGAGCAAAUUACCCAGGCUGCUAAUGGCUCCUUCCUUUGGGCGAAGCUUGCGGCCAAGCUGGCUCGCAGUACAGAAACCUCGGAAGCCCUACGAAAGUCUGUCAAUUCGUUGGUCACAUCCAAGUUGACUAUUGCAGACUUUGUCACACAAUUUCUACAAUCUCCAGAUCUUACAGAGGAAGCAAAGCUCAUGUUGGUAUGGCUAGCCACUACGGAUCGUCCUCUAGCUCAAAGCGAACUCUCCACUUUGCUCUGUAUUCAAAUCGACAAGGCUACAGUCACGGAUCGGAAAAUCGAUAUCUUGAAACUCCUGAAGCCAGUAAACUCGUUAGUGUACGUCGAGGAUGGUUACGUGUAUCUCCGACAUGGUCAAGUUCGCUCGGCAGUCAUCGAUGUCUUCUCAAAGGGAAAGCUUGUGCCAGGCGUGAAGGAUAGACAAGCCGACUUGUUGAGAAGACUUUUCAUCUACUCCCGCUUCGCACUUACUCAAAAUCAUGAGCCUUCAUUGACGUCCUUCGAUCGAUUCGAAAAGUCCAAGCUUCUUGACAAAUAUGUCCUUCUUGACUUUUCGCUGCGAUACUGGUUCACGCAUCUCCGGCAGACCACAAUAUUUACUACGGAUGGUGAAGCCGGUGUUGAAAAGGAGUUUGGCAAAUUGUUCCCAACAAACACAACAUUCUUCUUGUUGGAGCAGGCCAUAUGGGAACAUAGACCAGUUCCCACUCUUCUAUCCUGGUACACGACUGUUAUGAAACUCACCCGUAGUAUCCUUACACCCAACCACCUGGCAACACUGCAGUCAAUCCUUACCCUUGCCAUAUUCUACCGUCAAAUCAAUCGCUAUCUAGAGGCUGGUCAGUUGUUAUAUGAGGCAACUUCUAUCAGCCGUACUACACUCAAUUCGCAACACAUCAUUACUACGCAAGUUGCAAGUCUUUUCUUAGAAGUGACUGGUGAGAAGGUCACCGAAGGCAAGACCGAAAUCAUGACUAGGCGGGAGGAAAUUCUUCUUCUGCUUGUGGAUGCCUACAAGGCCCAUUAUGGAGCAACCUCCGAAAUUGUGAUUUCAACACUUGCUCAACUGGUUGAACACUACCAACUCAUCAAAGAAGAGUCUAAGGCGAGAGAUAUUAUCCUUUUACUAAGGUCUGCUACUAUCCAGCAGUACGGUGCAGAUUCUCAAGAGGCUCGAGACAUCGGUGGUAGCUUGAAUGUCCAUCUUACCGGCCAUACUACCCAGAUCGAAACGGACAUACAAACUACACUGCUCCUAGAUGUCGAGGAAAAAGAUGACCUUGUUGAAUUAGAAACCCAGGAUUUUUGGGCUCUAUUGAAGAAAGCUGAACAAUAUUCGUCCGAGGGCCAAUUCCAUCUUGCGGAGAAGAUAUUUAUUCAGAUUUGGCAACGUGCAAGCAAGGAAUGUCGCAUGCACUAUUCCUCGGAGUGGGAAGAGAGAAAGUUUAAAGCCGUUCUAGCAUACUCUGAAUUUUUGAAAACUCAGAAGCGGGAGUAUGAGGCAUCCUCUUUACUCACCACAACGUGGCAAGAGUAUGAACAGACAAGCGUGGCAACCGAGACCUCCGUCUCUUACAUAUCUGAAAUUGCCAAGGCCAUGAAAACUGUUGGCUUAGCUAGUAUUGCCCUUGCUGUCUAUAAACGAGUUGCACAAUUCUAUGAGAGCACCAGCCGGACUCAGACUUCUACCUAUAAAGAAAUUCAGCAGAGCAUCCAGGUUACGUCGCAGGAGGUGAUGAAAGUAGUGUCUACAUCCUCCUCGGUCACUUCCGAAACUACACUAGAGGAGAUUGUGUAUGAAGCGUCGUCUUCUAUCACUAAAGUUGACCAAACGUCAAUAACUGCUGUCUCAACUCUCUACGAGAUGUACGUCUCACAGCAUCGGUGGCAUGACAGCACUCGUUUGAUCAAGCGAGUUUUGCAUGGAAUCUGGCCGAAUAUUUUUAUUCCAUCGCUUCAAGAUGUUACUCUUCCGGGCAAGCAUGUCGAUCAUUGCAUUGAGCUUGCUGAGAAAUUGAGUCAGUGCUAUCACGCUCGUCGCCGACUUGGAAAGGAAGAGGAUAUCCGGACGAGAAUUUAUCGAGCGGUUCGAUCCGAUCGCCAAGUUGGAGACAAACUUCUUGAUAGUGCCACAACAGAACUUCUACGCUUGUUUGAACGCACUUCUCAAACAGACAAGGUAAUCACUCUUCGCCAGGAGUUACUUAGCGAUUAUAUUGGCAAAUACGGUCUUCAUCAUUCGAUCGUGAUUACAAAUCUCUGGGCGCUGGCAAUGCUGACACGUCCACGUCCAAUAUUCGUUGACUACUAUCGUCAAAUUGUUGCUGCCAUCAACAAGGACUCUGAAAUCUGCCUGCCCGAUGCAUUUGAGCCUCUUGUUAUUGUUGCUACAGAGCUGUGGACUCAAGGACGGUAUUCCGAUGCCGUGCAUUAUUACCAGAUUCUUUACAAGACGUUCCUCCAACAGCCUAAACUGAACCUCAAGUUCGAAGACCAGGAAUUUGUCAAAUCAUUUUUCACACGAUACAGUCAUUCUCUUAGAUCUAUACAGACGGAAUUUGCUGUAAUUAACAAGAUUACCGUUGACUAUCAGGCCAAAGUCAAGGCUUCUUUUGGUGCGACCGCAUCGAUUACUAUCCAAGCAACCUUGACAUUGGCCAAAAUCUGCCAGGAAUCAAAACGACUUGAGAUUGAGGCAAUCCAUCUAUAUGAAGAACUGCUGAAAAUAAAGUCCGAUGAAAUUGACUAUCAGGAGAUCACUGCCACUCUCGACGCUAUUUACGAGGAGCAGACUGCUAUAGUUACUUCGACGGAAUCAGAGUCAGUCUCUUCGGCCCAGGUUGAACGUGCUGUCUCCGUUCUCAAGCGUCGUAUUACAACUGUGCGUAAGAGCCACGGCUGGGCUCAUGAGGAGUCUCUUUCCAAGAUGCAGGAGAUGGUUUCCUUCUACUCCAAGCGUAAUGAGACUGAGACGGUUCUCAAGGAGUUACAGGAGGCCACAGUGCAGAUUCUCACGACAGAAACAUCCUCUAUGAAACUUAUCUCCAGUGCCUCGGCCAUAGCAAACAGCUACAUUGUAUCUAACCAGAUUCAAAAGGCGACUGAGUUAUCUCACGAAGUAUAUCGGCAGAUUGUGAUGAAAGAUAGUGCCAAUGUCAAGUCUCUCAGUUUCGACGUUACAUCAAAAGAACGCCAAAGCCUGGUUUUCUUGGCCCAGCUUGAAUACAGUUUGCGUCAAAACUCAUCGGUGACCCUGAACGAAAUUUUCUCAGCUUUGACUACAGAGUAUAUUUACUUUGAGGAAUACAGAAGCCAGCUAAAAUCAACAAGUACUACUCUGCAAGGUCUAACAUUCACUGCUGCGCGACUACAUGCGUUUCUGUUAUCUAGGGAACGUCACGCAAUUGCGACACGAGUGUAUGAGGACUUCUUGAAUUACUUCUUGGGUUCAGAGGGUAAACACAUCAAGCUGACGGAGAUAUCUCAAGCGAAAGUCUUGACACUCACGUUACUCAAUUACUUUAGCCUUCACGAGACCAAGAACUUCAUUCGUUCUGUCGGUAUAGCGAGUCUUGAGCAUACUCAGCAGCUAAUUGCCACGAAAAGAUAUGACGUGGCUACUGAUCUUGCUCUUGCUGCUUUCCGCUAUAUUUCUGCUCAUGAAGAGUAUCGCACUGCGGCUAUUUUGAAGUUUAUUUUCCAACUUGGUCUUACAGUUGCUGGACGUGGCAUUGUUCCCACGUCUGAAGCUGCUCGUUUAAAGUUGCUGAAGGUUUCUUCUAUGAUUCUGCAAGAAGCCUUCAAGGUCAUCAAGGAACUGAAGAUCAACAUGACACAGCUUAGUCUAGUCCAUCUAAACAAUCUCAUUGCUCUUCUCGGUGAACAACAAGACUACAAGUCUCUCUCUUGGCUUCUGACAGUACUUUGGAACAGUCGUGAGGCUCAACGGUCGUGGCAGCCAUCCGUUACAUUCACUCUGGGGCGUCGUUUUAUUCUGGUCCGCUACCUGGUAGGAGAGGUGUCUGGUACGCUCCGUCUCGCGGAAGACAUUGUCUACAAUUGUCGUCGUGUCCAUGGACCUCGUCAUCCCAGCACGCUCGAGAUGUCUAUUCUUCUCUCUCAAUCAUACACUAGUGUUGCUCAACGGUACCAGAACCAAAAGUCCGGCCACGAGAUUGCUCACCGCUACUACAAGAAGGCCGCGGCAGUACAUGAAAAUAUUCUGCGUGUAUUCAGCGAUCCAUCAUUUGCUGAACUUGAAGGUGGUGAUAUGAGCAUGAGCAUGGAUGCAUCGACUUAUUCCCUUGAACUGGGCAAUGUUGCGACUAGUAACUGGACGGAGGGCCAACACGUCCGCCAACAUCUUGAUCUCCUGAAACUCGCCAUUGAGCGUUUAGGUGACUGGCCCAAGGAUUACAGCGAGUUUGAACGUCUUAAUGCGGAUAUUUUCCGUGAAUUCAGCGAUGAUCUCAAUGGUGUUGAGGGUGUGGAGAAAUGGACUCCGACAAAAUUUGGGUCCGGAAAAGCUGAGAGAAACGAUGACCUAUUGGAUACUAACAUCAGGAGCUGGGACAUUGUCGAGACCUCAGCUUUGAAUGGAGUACACGCAGCCGAGGAGGAGGGGGAGCUCUAA